UCCUCCGCUUCCUUGCCUCCUUGUAAGGGUUUCCGAGUUCUUUUUCUCUCACUCUCGCAGCCUUCCCUCUUAUUCCCAAUUUCAGUCUCUCGUCUCGUCUGGUUGGGGUUUCUGGCUCCAGGCUUCAUGGCUGAAGCUGAACCCUUCGUCGCAUCUUUGUUUCUCUAUCUGCGAAACUUCUCUGCUUACUUACACGCGUUUGGUUGACUCAUUUACAGUUCUUCCGAUUCGGGUUUGGUUUUAAUGUUCGAAACGAAGAGCAUGGGUUACUCAUAAGCUGGGAAGAAAAGAGUGGUGGAAUCCCUAGCAGAGUCUGGUGUUUUUGGAUCUUACAGUAAUGGUGAUUGUAAUUACUGUAGUUCUUGAAUAACUUCUUUCUUCUAAUGAUGGAGGAAUCAGCAUCCAGUAAAGGACCUGUUCUUCCUCCUUUUCUCACUAAAUGCUACGAUAUGGUUGAGGAUCCUGCAACUGACCCGAUCGUUUCGUGGAGUUCGAGUAAUUACAGUUUUGUCAUCUGGGAUAUGACUGCUUUUUCGCGAGACUUGCUCCCAAAGUACUUCAAGCACAGCAAUUUUUCAAGCUUCAUGAGGCAGCUGAACACCUAUGGUUUUAGGAAAGCUGAUCCAGACCGCUGGGAAUUUGUAAAUGAUGGUUUUGUCAAAGGUCAAAGGCAUUUAUUGAAGAACAUUAGCAGAAAGAAGCACAACCAGUGUCCUGUUCAACAGAAAGAAUCCCAACAGAAGAUCCCUGUUGGUGCAUGUGUUGAAGUUGGAAAGCUUAGCCUCCAGGAGGCCAUUGAGAGUCUCAAGAAGGACAAGACUUUACUCAUGCAGGAGUUGGUUAAGCUCAAGCAACAUCAGCAAACAUCUGAAGAUGAAGUGCAUUGCUUGAGAAAACGUCUUGAAGGAAUGGAAAAGGCCCAACAACAAAUGUUAUCAUUCUUGGCAAUGGCCAUGCAGAGCCCUGGGUUUUUGGAACAGUUACUCCAGCAGAAUGAAAAUAGUUGGUUCAUGGCUGGAACAAGCAAGAAAAGAAGACUGGCUACUCUGGAACAAGUUACCGAAGGUGCUGAAAAUGAAGCUUUUGAUGGUCAGAUAGUGAUGUACCAGCCACCAAAGAAUGAGACCUCAAGGCCUAUAGUCAUGACAACUUCAAACACAAAUGUAUCUCCAAAUUUGGGUAGUUCUCCAAGUGAAAUUGAAGAUAUUGUUAAGAAUGUUGAUUCCAUGGCAUUGUCAAUGGGAGAAAUGUCAGAUUCUCCAGAAAAUGAUGCCUCAUUUGUCAUCCCAGACUUUCUUUAUGAUCAUUUAUUGGAGCAAUUUCUUCUGGAUAGUCCCUUGGUGGAGAAUCUUGAAGAAAUUGAACUGGAUGCCCCAGAGCCCAUGAGCACUGGAAUAGAGAUGAAAUCAUCAUUGCCCGACAGUCAGCAUGGGAUCAGUCAAAGUAUGGACCUUCAAAUGGAAGAACAGGGUCUUCUAGCAUCUGAAGCUAACAACAGAUAUGAGAUUCUAUAUAAUAAUUCAGGGGACCUUGCAGCAACAUAGGGACCUCUAUAGGACUAUCUUCCACUUUGUAUAGCACAUGACUACAUGUCCUAAAGGAAAUGGAUCAUUUAGUGCGUUUGAGGUUGCAAAUAAGUAUCUUAGCACCAUGUAUGAUCUUCUCUAUACAGCGAGUAGGAGGGCAUGGUAUGGUAGUGUUAUUUUUAAUGGUUGAUACACUUACUGUCCAUCAGUCCAUUUAGACUUUUCCGGCUCUUCCGAAUGUACUGAUUGAGGGCAAUGAUCUGUAUACAUACUACUCAAACUUCCUGCUUUGCUUUUUGAACUUUGUCAAUCCUAGAUGGUAGUAAUUCAUAGCUACUCCAUCUUCAUAUAUGAGAUUAUGCUUACAUAUUUUUGUCUACAAUUCCUAACCGUCCGUUUUACAAAUGUAUUAA